AUGGGCAAAGUCAAGUGGUCUUCAGCGGAGCGUAAUGUUCUGAAGGAUCACGUUGAAACCUUUCGUGGUGCGAACAGCACAGAUCGCCGUAAUCUUCUCAUCACCACCAUGCUACCUGCAAUCAAAGAGCUGAAUAAAGACCUCAUGGUCGAUCAAUGGAAGCUCCAUAAAGCUGUAAGGAAUGAGCCAAAUUACUUUGUUUCGCAAUCUUACCUUUUCACAGCAAGUGAAGCUUUGGUUAACAACGCGAAGGGCCUGCGGGCUCGCUUUUCCUUGUCCCACAGUAUCCCCUUGAAGAGGGUAAUCGCGCAUUUGUACCCGACAGAACUUGGUGCAAUCCUCCAUCGUCGCUCAAAUCGAGCCACAAGCGGUACCCCUGCUUACCUUCAGCACUAUCAAGCAUCCCUCAAGGAACUGAAGAACUUGCUCACAGCGCAACAGCUCCGAGAUGCAGAAGAAGAACAGGACAGAUGGAUGGAGGAGUCAUAUCCGCCGGAGGUGCAGAUGAGGACGGUUGCUACACACGGGAAGAAGAUUUUGAGAGCAAUGGCAGAACAGUUGCACAAGGAGAUGGGGAUGAAAGUUAUUAUGCUGGAAGUCCAUCCAGCUGCUGGAGGCGACUGGUGGUAUUUGACUCAUGAUUUCACAGGUGAGUUUGGCCAACACGAUGUGCAGAGCUUCUCAGAGCGCUACCCCAAAGAAUUUGCGGACAUCGACAAAUAUCUGAACAGGUACCUCCAGUAUCAAGAUGGCGAACUAAAUGGAGAGAACCCAGAGCCUGUCAGAGUGAGGCUGCGAAAACACAUCCUCGAGUUGGCCAGAGAUAGAAAAGGGUACCCACUUCUUCCUUCCCAAUCUCGUGAAGAUUCACUUCCUUAUGACAAGCACAUCAUCUGGAGUUUCAUGACCUUGCACUACUGCUUUGCCACCGGCCGGAAGAAGACAAAGGUACCAUGGGCAUGUAUCAAUGAUCAGCAACGUGAUUUCAUUCAGCCAAAGUACCUUCCAAAAGGCUUCGACCUUGUUGAGCCGUCCGACAUGAAGCAGGAAGACGUGAACACACUCCUAGAGUUCUGGAGGGAUCGACAGUCCAAGUGUUCACCUGGGGAGAUUUUCCGUUUUCAUCAAGUCACUACCAGCACCUGCGAUCUGACAAUGAUCCCCAUCCGAUACAGCGCUCCCCCAAGGAAGAAGAAAGAAAAGCCUCCAACUGAAGACCAGCCCGGAGAGGAGGAAGACUUCAACAGCGAUUCCGGGAGUGAGUGUAGGAGGUCCGACUCGGAAUUGGAAACGCCAGAAUGUGAUGAGAGGGAGGUCAAACCAGCUGAGGCAGGACAGGCAGACACUGCAGGUGAUCCAUCUCCAGCCAGAGGGAGACAGGCUGAUAUUGCAGGUGAUCCAACCAAGGCAAGACAGACUAAUGCCGCAGAUGAUCCAUCUCUGGCCGGAGGGAGCCACUGUGGGUUGCAGUUGCCCACGGAUGGUGAAGAACCCGACUCUGUGCCAAAUGAACAUGAGUGGAUGCAUCGACGCUCACCAGUCUCAUUGGAUCCUGGUCUCACCGUUCCGUCGAUGCUGAAUUUCUGUCGACCUGUUCUGCCAGGCCCCAACCCACUUAUCCAGUCGCAGAUUGUCAACACUCAAGAUGUGGGCAUGCACCAUCCUCAGCAUGACGAUCAUCGUGAGGGCAGCAAACGUCGGCGGGAGGAGGACUUGCUCGAACCUGAAGAUGAGAACAUGGGUCACGGCAAGUGUGCACACAAACCCAAAGAGGUGGACCGUUAUAUUCACCUCUCGGAGUUGGCCUUGGAAAAGCCUGCAUCGAGCAAGAAACAUAGGGGUCAUGCAUAG